CUUCACAGCAGCAAAACAUUUUGUCGAGACGGGAGAAAGUCAACAGAAUAGCUACAAAUGGUUUGUUUAAAAAACAUUCCUGUAGCCUAAAGAAGCACAUUUCUGCAGCGUUUCCUUAAUGAUGGAUAUGCACAAUGCUGACCAAGGCAAUGGAAAAAAUACAGUCGGGGAUGAGUUUCUGGACAGGAAUGUUGUGCUUUCUGACUAUAUCCAGCCAAACGAGGAAGCAGAUGAAAGGGAAGAAGUAGCACAGUGUGGACCCAACACCCUAGAGGCCAGCAGGAGUGGCCGACUGAGAAGGAAAAGAAACUCCUCUCCUGGAGUGGAAGCAGCUCCCAAAAGAAGACUCCCUGCUGGGAAGAAAGCCAUAGUAAAAGCAAGCAAAGUGACACGCAGAGACGCCGCCUUCUCCUGUGACCUGUGCAAGUCUCCUUUUGUCACUCACCCUGCUAGACGAGGGAGCAGGCCCAAAACCUCCACCUCCAGCCCCAGCCCACGAUACAGAGCUGACCCAGGGACGGGACUGACACGCACUCUCUGCAAUGCAUGUGGUCUGUCAUUUGAGAAGCCAAAGCGUGCUCCAGCCUCAGUCACCCCGAUAGACCCAGCUGAGCGGAGCAGGCAUGAGCAAGAACUGCAGGCCUUUUCUCAGUCCAUGGUGCAGUUGCUAGGAGACCAGGAUGCCAGAAGACUCUGCUGCCCAGUCUUUGCUAAGAAACCCUGUCUGUGCCUGCAGAGUUAUAUCAAAGGGGCAGGUGACAACAUGUUGGAAUAUCGCAGUCGAGCUCUGAGGGUCCUGUCUCUGCUAAAGGAAGCCAAAGAACUCGGCUCACAGAAGUGCUACGACCCCAGAGCAGAGCCGCAGGAUGGCAAGAGCAAAAAGAGGCAGAUUGGACUGGGUAAUGGGCAGCGGAAGUCCCAGGAGUUUGCAGACUUCGUGCUGACAAACAGGAAGGUGCUGCGAGAGGAGCUGAAGCUGUGUGAGCGAGCCACCCAGAGGAUCCUGGGAUACUCCAACAACUUCCUCCACAAGAGACUCAAAACAGACCCCCAGGGAAGAGAAAGAGUACAGAGGACAAAAGGCAAAAGUGCUCUGGGUCUCCUGAAGCCAAUUCUAGACCUCAGUAAAGAAAGAUGCUGUAUGGACAACUGUGUUGUUAUGGCUCACUCCUAUGGGCGCUUACUCCAGCUCUGGAGGGAGAGGGCCCAGACAGGGCAGGCUGAAGCACGUAGAGUCCUGGCUGAAAUGUUGACCCCUUCAGGGGGUGGGAGGUGUAACUGUUACAGGUUUAUUAUGUGGGUGACUGGCUGCAGUCAGAGCACCAUCAGCAAGGUCAGUGAGCAGAUGAAGAAGACAGGGGGCGACAGAGAGCCACCGCCGCAUGGACUGAAAAAGUGGAUCAAGGAGAACCCAAGACGCAAGAAGGCGGUCACACCAGCAGUCAUUACGAGCACAGCCUCCGCUCCUGACAGUGUCCUGCCUGCGUUCACUCCAACACAUGGAAUAGCCUCUUCCAGUAUCGUGGAGGCAUCAACCAGUUUAAACCUGAGGUCUCAAACUACAACAGUGUACAGUCUAGCUGCAGACAACGCUAUAGGCAGCAGUGCUGACACUGGGAAUGACAGCAUACUUCUCAGCGCUUUCACAGGCAGCACAGCCGUCACCUUCCAUAAGUCUCCACUCCAGGACCCCACCAUGAGUUUUACUCAGACUCGGAGCCAGGUAAUGGCAGUUGCCUCCUUGCCUCCUAGCUUGCUGGUUCAGGCUGAGCCUUCCCUGUGCAAAACACUUCUCUCAGAUCUCCCACAGUCUCUCAGCACCCUGUCCACCUGCAGCCUGAUUAGUGGGGACAAUCAACUCAUUAUGCAGAAUGAAGGUGAAGAACUGGAGAAGCUGCCUCCGGGGGCUCUAGUGUCCCUGACUCCCCUGCAGGACCCCCCUCCGAUGCUGGACACGACUGGCCCUGUGCCUUUGCUCCAGGCCCACUCCUUGGGGUUCUCUCAGCUACCCAGUGACUCUAUUCCUGUGACCAAUCAGAACUCUGGAGGCGCAAAUGAGGCUCUGAAACAGCCAAUAAGCAACGAGUACCAGCACUCAUUGCAGCUCAUAGAAUCUUCUGAAGAAGAUCACACUGUCCUUUGGGCCCCUUGAUGAUCAUCUACAUGCUGUAAAAGCACAAAAUAUUGAAACCUUGAAUUCUGUAAAAGACUGCCAAGAUAUUGGAUGAAGAAUUCUCAUUGAUUGCUCUAAAGAUUUGGUUGAGUGAAUCGGGUGAUGUGAUCAGGUGGCCUGUGCCUUUAUAAAAAGUCCAGGGUUUAGUCAGGCAAGGAGAAGAGGCCAUGAAAAUGAAGCCACUGUGGCUUGAACAGUGUGUAUUGAGCUGCUGGAGCCUAAACUUCUCUAUCUAGUCAUCUACCCUAGAUUGGAAAGGUGAACUGCCAUGGAGCUGAUGAUUAGAACUGGACUAGAAAGUGCACUGAUAAGAGUUUGUGUCUUGUACCAUUUCUCAGUGUCAAAGCCAUGUCACGUAAGAAAGCACCAGACCGAGAGAAACUUCUUGCCUUUGUGGCCCAAGAUUACAAAUGGAAAGGACGGAUGGAGGACUUGAGCUGGGAAAGCAAUACCUUUGUGACGUCUUGCAGAAGAAAUGGGAACAGAAACACAGAUAUUGCACGUGUAUAGUGCAUUUCUGGAAACGUUGGUUUGCUAUUUAAUUGUAACUUUAUAUUAAAGAACUUCAUCCCUGAGACAAA